AGGCUCUAGAACCUUUCCUGACCAGCCGUGUCCCAUAUCUGUUAAAAAAAAGAAGCAAGACCUUAGCUCUUAUGGUCAAACAAAGAGAGCAGUACAUAGAGUACUUGGGGAUCAAUUCUUAAUCUAGAACAGAGUAUGUUACUAAGCAUUAGAGAAUAACAUGUAAACUAUCUAUAUGGCAGAACCCUAUGUCUAUUCUUGCAUGCCAAAAGAAACCCCCCCUUGUAAUCACAUUAGGAAACAUUAUAAAAUGUUUCUAAAUUGGAAUAAAUGCACAACUAUCCCACCACAGAACUAAAGUUUCCAUUGGUACAAGAUGAAGCAACUGAGAUUAUCAGUCUGAAGCUGAUCAAAUUUGUUUCUAAUUUUACCUAUGCCACUUGGGAGUGAUACUCAAUCGAGUCCAAGAAGAAUCAAAAGAAAGAAUAUUAAAAAAGAAACUUAAUUAAAAAAAUUUUAAAAGAUAAAUGAAGACAUAAUUAUUACACAAAAAUAAAUAUUAUAACAAUACUAAUAGUCUAGUAAAUUUGCUCCGGAAUUUCUAAAAUAUUGUUCAAAUAAUUUUAUGUAAUAAUGUGGUAUAUUUUUUAUAGUUUAAUAUUUAAUUAUGUAUUUGUGUUUAUAGUUUUGUAUUUUAGUGCAAGAUUUUAUUAAUUAAUAUUACUAUAGUACUUUUAUAUAUGUGCUAGUUAUUUAUAAACAUUUUAUGGAUUAGUAUUAAUUGACAAAUGUAAAGACCAUAAUGUAAAUUACAAAUAAUUUUGAAAUUAAAUUUAAAUUUUUGUUUUUGGAAAAAAAAAACACUUUAAAAUUUCAAAUAUAAAGUUUUGCAAACUCUAUGACAGAGAGUCCUUGAUCUUACUCAAGCCCACAUCUCUGAAAUUUAGAUAAAACAUAAAAAAUUAGGUUACUGUUUAUAAAUACAUAGAAUACAAAGUUUACCUUUCAUUGUAGUAAUAUUAAAUGAUUUUCAAAUGAUAAAAAUGCGAGGAUCCAGAGGGGAGUUAUCACUAUUAUCAAGAAAAACAACUUAAGGGUAAAUAUAUUAACCUAACACCCGAAGAUUUAACAUAGAUCCAGCAAAAUACUCGAACAACAAAACAAAAGUUAAAAAGACAUGAAGCAACAACGUGACUUGGUCGUCGUCUUCUUUGUCCUUUUCAGCUUUCUCCUGUUUGUGAAUCUGAGUGAAGGAAGAUCAGGAGGAAGUGCAGAAGAAUAUUGGAAGAAGAUGAUGAAGGAUGAGCCAUUACCUGGACCAAUCAAAGAGCAUCUCAACAAUCCAUUUAGGACAGGACAAGAGAGGUUCGUCAAAGAUUUCAACACCAAGUCUAUCGUCAUCAUCUACCACAAUCCUAAUGUAUAACCAAUUAAAAUCAUAUAAUAUGGCUCUGCAUUUAUGUAUGCAUCAGUUUACACAUGCACCGUAUAAGUGUGUAUUAAUUAAGCAAAUAACACAUGCCUGAGUUGUUGUAGACUUAUACAGUUAUACGUACUAUAUUUUCAUAGUGAAGAAAUGUUGACCCUAUGCUUCACACGUUGUUUGUUUGAUAUAUCAAAAACCAAUCUACUGUGUGUGUUUUUUUCUCCCUUUUUCUAUAGUUUGUGAAGUUUCUGUAAUUAAUAUUCUUCUAAGUUCUAACACUGAAAGUUUAUUUAAUUCUAUAGUAAGAAUAAUCUCAAAACAACAUCUGAAGGGAUUUUUUUCCCUUUUCUUGAAACUAAAAAAAAUAUUAUUAUUCAAUUUAAGAUUUGUUAUGUUUACUUAAAGGAUAGUGUUAUUUGCUAAAAUUGUCUCACCAUUAGUGAUAUCGUGUCAAGAGUCAAAAUCAAUCAAAAUAAGUUACAAAGUAAGAAAAAAAACAAUUGUGUAUUUCACAAAUGUUAAUAACGUGGACACCACCAACGGUAAACAAUGUUCAAAGAAAAAAAAAGUUGAUUGUAGAAAAAAGAGAG